GUGUUCUGCGUGUGCUGCAGUCGGUGAAGGUGUCGUGUACCGUGCACAGCAUAAAGAAAUAGAUCAACAACAAGAAUAGCGUGUGCAUUCCGCAGAUCUAGUCCAUAAGUUUACUGAAGAAACGAUUAGUCAGCACGCAACAGUACCGCCCCACCACCAGCAGCGUUUUUGUCAUCGUAAAACAUAAUUUAACACGACCCACCAAGACCAGAAAGGACUUCACCCCUUGCAGAGGAAUAAGAGUACCCUUUCCGUGUAGUGCGAAGAGGUGAAGAAAACAUAUCCGAACAGAAGAAACCAAUAUCCAUUCCACAAGAAACAUCGACUCGCUGUCGCUCGCUAAUCAUCAUGGCCAACAUGCACGAGGACGAAAUGAAGCACUGCUACGAAAACCUGAUCGUCGUCGAUGUCGGUGCGAACCUAACCAACAAGAAGUACAUCCGUGAUCUGGAUUCGGUGAUACAGCGCGCAAAGGAUUCCGGCGUACAGAAGAUCAUGGUUCCUGGCACGUCAGUGAAAUCGAGCAAGGAAGCACUACGACUAACCCGCAUCUAUCCCGGCAUCAUCUACUCGACCGCCGGUAUACACCCGCACGAUUCCAAAUCGAUCAUCGAAGAACCGAGCACCUGGCACGAUUUCCAGGUGAUGGCCAGUGCACCCGAGUGCGUCGCCAUCGGACCCUGCGGGCUGGACUAUCAGCGCGACUUUUCCGAACCAUGCAUCCAGAAGGAGAUUUUCGAGCGUCAGCUAAAGUUGGCUUGCGACCUGCAGAAGCCCAUACUCAUACACGAACGAUCGGCCCAAGAGGAUGUAUUGGAUAUACUUACGAAAUUCCAACCAGCGCAGCCGAUCAUCGUGCGCGGUUUCAUGGGCACAACGGACGAAGCGUUAAAAUAUCUGGAGCGUGAUUAUUACAUCUCGCUGACCGGAUAUUUGUGCAAGGACAAAUCCGACACCGGCGUACGGAAGCUACUCGAAGAUGGCCGGCUACCGAUGGAGCGCUUGCUCGUGGAGACGGACUCCCCGUUCAUGUAUCCGAAUACGCGGGCCUCCAAGCUACCCCAGCACGUAAAGGGUGGCCUGACGGAACGAUCUCUGCUCUAUCUGCAUCGUUACUGCACGUUUCAACGGAACGAACCCUGCAGUCUGCCGGCCAUAGUGGAAAUGAUAGCGGCAUUUAUGAACAAAAAGCCGGAAGAUGUUGCGCUGGCCACCGCAUUCAACGCGCUGAAGCUGUUCGGCCUGUCGCAAUGAUGAUUGAUGCACGCGAAUACUCAAACAGCACACACCCGAUACCUACGACGAGUUUGCGAGGAAUCAAGCGAAAAACGAACGACAUCCCGUCUGCCCAACAGAUGGAUGAUAUUUAUACGAUUUAUUCGACACGGAACUAACAUGUUCUUCUGAGCGUAAAAAGAAAAGGGAAAAGGACGCGAGGAACGCGAAACAUUACGUCCUGCGGACGAAUUGCUAGUACGAGUAAGGAUGCUGAUCAGCUGUUAAUGAAACUAUCAUUAAUGUCGCCUUUGUUUCAUUAGCCGCUCUAAGCAGUAGUGCUCUAAGCUUAUA